CAGUCUGAAAGAUGGAUGUUGAAGAAGGAUGUGAGAAUCUGGUGGUUAAAAUCCUAAUGGAACUCUGUGAUCAAGUAUUUGAACAUUCUGGUGGAAAUGUUUGUAAUGAAAACAAUGGAAAGAAAAUUAUUGAUGAAAUGGAAGUUACAAAAUGUGUCGGGGAAGUCCUUUGCAAUAUGGUUGAUACAUGUUCUCAGGGUUUUAUUCUUAAUCAAGAACCGAGAAGGAACACUGGAGACAGCCAAACAGAAAUAACUUCGAACAAUUGUAUUGAUGAAUGUAGGGAUGUAGACCAAUGUUUUGAAGAGGUGACCUACCAUUCAGCUCGUUCAGGUCAGCUUAAAAAAGAAACCAAAAACUGUUUAAAUAUUUGUCACAUUUCUGAAGUAGGGGGAAAUGAUGGUCCUAUCAAUUAUCAUUCAGGAACAGGUGAUUAUUCAGAAAUGGAUAUAGACACUAAAGACAGUGCAGAUUCUAAGCAGUGGAAUCCUAGUACCUCACCUCGAGGAAAAGUUGAAAUCUUUAGACAGGAAAAGGUGUUUGUGGAAGAUAGAUUUACCUUCAAGGAAGAUGAUAAUCUUUUAGAAAAUAAGUAUAUUCUUCAUCAGGAUAAUGAGGAACUCUUAACUGUAAAAGAAACACGAGUAGAAGAACAAGGACUAGUACAACAAGUGGUGAAUGAAGAUACAGGUUUUGGGGACCAGACAGAUUUACCAAAUCUAGAAUACAACAUUCAGUCAUGUGAGGAUUCUGAACCUGAAAAAAUGGACCAGACAAAUAUUACUUUUGAGAUACAAGAUAUGAUACAGCAUCAGACUUAUUCAGAUGAGGAAAAGGGAGUUCAAAAUAAUAUAACUACCAAGGAGAAAUUAUAUAGGCAAGAGUAUGGCAUUGAUGAUCAGACACGUUUGCCUGGUCUGAUAUCAACUGAAUUGUCAGUUCUUCAAGAGCAGCAGACAAGUUCAUUUAACAAUAUCAGAGAAGACAAUAUGAUGGUUGAAAAUCAAGGUAUGAUGUCACAGCCUUCACAACAAGAUGUCAAUGUUGUAAAUGACAACACCUUUCAGGAAGAAGUGCAUAGUCAUGUCUUUAAUUCAUCUGUUGAACAAUGCCACCUGUUUCAGAUAGAAGAAAGGCAAAUCAACCAAUUUGUUGAACAAGGUCAUAUCUCUCAUCAAGAUGAGUUGGAAGACCAGGCAUUUGAACAGUUUAAUGUACAUGACCAGAAAAUUGAGCAGCCUAUUGAACAAGACUUUGCUUCUCAGGAAAAGGUUGUCCAAGAUCAGUUGUGUGAGCUAUAUGUUUUACAAGACCAGCAUUCACAAGAAACUGUGCAGGAUGAAGAAUAUGAACAAUCUAUUGAUAAAGGCAAGGGAAUGACAUGUAAGGAAAAAGUUAAGGAUGAUACAUUUAAGCAAUGCAUUGAAGAAAAGAAUGUGUCUCAGGAAAAUAUUGUUCUAGGCCUGAUGUCUGAAAAGUCUGUUCAACAAGACAGGACUUUUAUCACAUGUCAGCCACAAGAUCACAAAACGGAAGAGGCUGAUAUUCCAGAGACUGCACUAUAUCAAACAUCUGAGCAUCCUUUUCAGCAAGAGCAGUCUUCUGAGCAAAAUGAAGCACAAGAUCAAGCAACUGUAGAAUCUAUUGAACAAGAUCAAACUUUUGAGCAAAAUGAAGCACACGAUCAAGCAACUGCAGAAUUUAUUGAACAAAAUAAAACUUCUGAGUACAAUGAGGUGCAAGAUCAAGCAACUGUAGAAUUUAUUGAACAAGCUCAAACUUUGGAGCAAAAUGAAGCACAAGAUCAAGCAACUGUAGAAUCUAUUGAACAAGACCAGACUUCUGAGCAAAAUGAAGCACAAGAUCAAGCAACUGUUGAACAAGACCAGACUUCUGAGCAAAAUAAGGUACAAGAUCAAGUAACUAUAGAAUCUAUUGAACAAGAUCAAACUUCUGAGCAAAAUGAAGCACACGAUCAAGCAACUGCAGAAUUUAUUGAACAAAAUAAAACUUCUGAGUACAAUGAGGUGCAAGAUCAAGCAACUGUAGAAUUUAUUGAACAAACUCAAACUUUGGAGCAAAAUGAAGCACACGAUCAAGCAACUGCAGAAUUUAUUGAACAAAAUAAAACUUCUGAGCAAAAUGAAGCACAAGAUCAAGCAACUAUAGAAUCUAUUGAACAAGCUCAAACUUUGGAGCAAAAUGAAGCACAAGAUCAAGCAACUGUUGAAUUUAUUAAACAAAAUAAAACUUCUGAGCAAAAUGAAGCACAAGAUCAAGCAACUGUUGAAUUUAUUAAACAAAAUAAAACUUCUGAGUACAAUGAGGCACAAGAUCAAGCAACUGUAGAAUUUAUUGAACAAGAUCAAACUUCUGAGAAAAAUGAAGCACAAGAUCAAGUAACUGUAGAAUCUCUCAAACAAGACCAUGCCUCUGAGCAUUUAAUUGCACAAGAUAAGGACAAAACUAUCUUAGGAUGUCAACAAAACCUAAAAUAUCAACAAGGGUUUGAACAAAACCUAACCACUGUUGUGCAAGUUCAUCCAUCAGAACAAUCAAUUAAAAAUGACCAGUUUUCUCAAAAACCUUCAGUGCAUGAACAGACAUCUUCAGAAUCUAAAGAACAAUAUGUUGAACAAAACUGUACCUGUCAGUGUGAAAUAUUUGUAGAGAAUUUUAACAUGCCAAACCAAAAUUCCAAGAAAAAUGUUGCACAAAAUUUAACAUGUGAACAAUCUCUUGAUGAAAAGCGUACGUUUGAUGAAAGUGCUGUCAAAAAUCAAAUAUGGGAAAAUAUGAUAUUAGAAUCAAGAGUGCAAGACCACACAAUAAAUACACAGGAACAGACUUGUGAAAAAAAUGUUAUCAUUAAAGACCGUUUUGUGGAAAACACUUUUGUACAAGACCAAAUAGCCCUGCAACCAGUUGACAGUAUUGUGCAAGAACAGAUAUCUGAGGUGACAGCAAUGCAAGUUGAAAAAGAAAAUUACAUGCAUGAAAAUCAAGCAUCUGAGUGCUUUGUUCAAGAGCAGUCCACACAGGAAGGUGUUCCUCCAGGAAAUCCAUUACAACUAAAAAAUCUGCAGGACAGUGAUGAGGGGGAAACAAGAUUUGAGGAGGAAAAUAUUCAAUGUGAGAAAAUUGAAGAUAAUUAUGCCAAAGAUACUGAAUUAAAGAACUUUAAACACCUUCACCGCUCUGAAAAGCAAACUCAUCAAGAUCAUAUGGCUGUAAAACAAAUCAAUUUCCUCAGAACUGUGGCUGGUGAGUGUGAAAAGGAUUUGACUGACUACAAGAUUGAAGGAACUAAGGGUUUUACUUCACAUGAACACUGGAAAGAUCAAACUUUUGAACAAUCACCAAUACUAGCAAAUCAAAGUUUGAAUUCUCAGUGUAAGCUGGAUCAGAAUUAUUCUGAAGAGAAUCCAUCUUGUAGACAUAAAAGAAGUUUUCUCGCUACUGAGGAGACCAAGUCCAUUGAAGAAGAACCAGAUUUGAAAAGAAUAUGUAUCAAUAUGAAGUGCACUGCGAGAAUUGACGAUCAGGCUGUACCAUCUGUUGAGGCUGCUGGCCAUUUCCUGCCUCAGGAAGAAACGGGCAUUUACAGUAGCUGUUCUGAAGGUUCAAAACAAUGGAAAGAAAACUCACCAACAGCAUAUGAAGUGUGCACUAAAGGUUCAGUUUUGGAGCAUGUAAAUACUGAUAAACAAGUGAUUCAAAAUGCAUUGCCUGAUGAUGAGAUGCCGAUACGGGAAGGUGGUGCCUUUAAAUGGAAAUAUGUUCCUUCUUUUGAUACUGAUGCUGUUGUUCCAAAGAAAGAUGAGACGGAUGGUUGUGAGCAGCUGAUCAGGGUUACACCUCUUCCCAUAUGCAGAAAACCUAGGAGACUUGGAUUGUCCAAAAAACAGAAGAUUCAACAUUUGCAUCCUAAUGUAAAACGGCCACACUGAACAAGAAAUAAUUGAAAUCAGAAGUUUCAUUUGUCAUGUUUCCUGUUUUUGUUUUGUAAUUUAUUGUCAACUAACUCAGUUGUUUUCAAUGUACACCGUUCCUUUUUAUUUUUGUAAUACAGUUUAAACUUCCCUGCCUGGGUGAAUAUUACAUACUGGAAUACUGGAUAUAUAUAUGCUUAUAAUCUAGAGAAAAGGUAUCCAAGGGUAAAUUUGUAAUGUUGAAGAAUCAAACCUUGCUGUAUGUAAUUUUACUAUUACCAAGUUUUUAUAAGUUGAAACGAAAUGAUAUCAUGAGUAAUCAAUUUGUUCUCUCUUUUCUAUCUUCAUUACAAUUCAUCAAAUUGUAACAAGUUGUAAUUAAUAUUUACUGUGAUUGUUGUCGUUUAUAAUCCUCAACGAAAACUGUCCAACUGAUCCCUACAAAUCUUUUCAAAAUAGCAGGUUAAUGCUCCGGUUGUAUGUUUUGCUAUUGGCGAGAUGUCAUUUUGGUAUUUCUGUAUGUACAUACAUGUCUAUUUUUCAUACAAAUAGCUGGGUGUGGGUAUAAUGCCACACUUGGCACCUUCUUGUUUGUAAUACACGUAUUCAUUGAUUUUGAAAAUAAAUGAUGGCGAUAUGUUUAUAUGUUAGAAUAUUGUAUGUCUGUGAGAAACAGCCAAAUAGCUGAUCCAAGCGUUACUGUGAUACCAAUUUUCCUCGUACUGGUGUAUAAGGAAUAAUAUAAUGGAUUACUUCCCCUUAUUCAUCAUUAAUCAUCACUUAAUGAUGAAAUUUAAUGAAUGUUCAUGUAUUUUUAUCAUUAAUUAAGUGUUGCCUACCUUAUUAAAUGUGGUUAUGUUUUUGUAUUUCAAAUUGAAUUAUUUAACAUUAUUCUAUAAUCAAUCAAUGGGCCUUUUCUAUAGCUAAUUUCAUGUUUUGAAGAAAUACAUAUUUAUGUGAAACUAGAAAUAAUCAACACUAUUUAUGUAAAAUGAGAAACUUAUCAAUAUGCUUUACGCAUUAUGUUAUCCAAAAUUUCAUGUUUAAAAUGCUACUUCUUUUAUGAUGCCAACAUGUAUAUCAUUAUAUAUUUUAUUUCAUUCCAAAUGUUUCAAGUAGACAUAGACCUACAUACAUGUAUAUGAAUUCAUUAUUGUUGAAGAGUGGAUAUUGGUGCAGUGCACAGCGAUGAAUGUAUUUGUUGUGGCAUUUAAAUUAUCCAUUUUUUGGGAGAGUGUAAAAAUGUCUGAGGUAACUUAGCCAAGUUUCUGUCCAAGCAGAUACUGGCUCUAAAUUCUAGCAAAUGACAAAGUACCAGUGUUAUAAUGAAUCAGUUUGUGAGAAAUACACUUGAAAUUUCAUACUUUUCUCUCUAAAAUUUCACCUUUAUUUUGCUGUUAAAAUUGAUCUUAUCUAUCAAAUAUUUUUGAUAUGUAAUUAAUGAAAUUUUUGAUGAACAGAUAAUUUUCCACCAUCAUCAAAUCACCCUGUGUCUGUGGUCAGUCCAUAAACAAUCCUUGUUAUUGCUAUUUCUUAAGAGGUUCUCCUUGGUGUCUCGCUGUGCCCAUUUGAUUUUUAGUUUGAUCCAGAAAAAAUAAUCACCUUUAGACCGCCAUCGUAGAUUUUGACAGUUGAAGUUUGUGAUUGCUUUUUCUCAGAGUCCUUAGAUUUUUUUUUUUUAAAUUUCAUAUUAUGGGAAAGGUUUUCCUUGUUAUCAGAUUAUAAAUAAGAAUAAUGCAAAAAAGGGAAAAGUAGAGAAAAGAUCAGUCUUACAAAAAACCAAUAAAGACCAUUCAAUUGUGGGCGCCAAGAUUUCUCUGGGAUUUCUUGUUUCUGAAAUAUCACCUGCAACAAGUUUUAAGCUUGCAGACCAAGGGACAUAACUCUUUUAUUUUUCUAUGCCAGUUUUCAAACCCAAGAAGCCAUUAAUUUAAAGUGUUUUGUGUUACUGCACACAAGGUGUGUUUGUUAACCUUAUAAGAGAUCCUUCACAAGUGAAAAGAAAGAUUUAUUUAACUUGAUUUAGGAGAGUUAUUGAUAUAUUUUAACUUACGAACAUAAUAGGAUCAAAAUUAAGGUACACAAGCAUUUAUGUUUAAACAAGAAAUAGUUAUGUUAUAACGAUGAAUAUCCUAAUACUAUGAUUUGUUGAUAUUGAAUAUUAAUUUGUUAACUACUAAACAUGCCAUCUAAGCUGUACUGUGAUUUGUUGUCAACUAAUGACACUUUUGUUUAUCACGUGAAUGUGUGUAUACAAGUGUGUUGGGCGACACGUUUGAAAUAAAUCGUUACAGUUAAUGUUCCCAGGUGUUCAAUCAUUGUAUGUGCUAUUAUACGGGAAAUACACCAAAAAUUACUGAAAAAGCAUAAUUCCUCAUUUGAGAGUUGAAUAUUAAUAUCCUAAGAGGGUACAUAUGAAGAAAAAUACCUGUUAAACUGGUUAAAACAUAUGAAUCCCUAUUUCUGCAAAAUGUCUGUGAAAUGAAAGCAGAAUUCCACGUCUGUUUCAAUGCCUUGAUAAAUUUUGUAACCUUAAUUUAUUUUACAAUUGAAAAACUAGUUAUACCAACUUGUAUAAAUCACACUUGUCGUAGUGUGGAAGGACACCAGAUUAUCCAGAGAAAACCCACAUGGUCUGGUAGGUGACCUCAUAGCUUUCCUCGGGACAUCCGAUCAGAGAUGUGUCCCAGAUUCAGUUACAUGUAAUGUAUUAUUUCCUGCAUUUCACUUGUUAAGGAUCUCAAUCAUUUAACAGGUACUUGAACACAAAACACUUUACAUUAAUGGGUUGGAAUAAAGUUAUAUAAAGAGUUAUAUCCCUUGGUCUGAACAUGACCCAGCAGCAACACAAACAGGAGGAAGUCACAUGUAUUUAUUU